AUGCCCCUCAUGCCGCGCUCCACGUCUUCUGCGGGUGUGAGCACCGCCGUCAUGACUUUGCAAGAAGAGCCCGUCCAGCGUUUGCGCCGCCCCGGCUAUGGCACCUUUGAGGAGCACCGCCAGCGACGUCAUUCAUGGCAUACCAAAUCUUGCGUUCAUGAAGCGGAAAACUUCCACCUCAUGCUCCGCAACUUCCUGGCUGACCUCAACUGCCGCUUGGACCUUCUCGACGACUAUGGCCAUCUCAAAUACGACGCAGGCGUCGAGUAUGCAUACACCACCCUCCUUACCGUGCGCGAAUCAUGCUCGAAGAUCUCCGACGGCGCUCUCGAAGCUGGACGUCGACAGGCCUCCGUCUUCGUCGAGACACUCGAGGAGCGAUACAAAGAAGCGCUCGAGUCGCAAGAGACGCUGGGCGAGAAGGUCAUGGAAGGAAUCCAGCUCAUGGACUCGUACUUGACCGAGUUUGAAACACGCGCGUAUGCCUUGAGAGACGGUACCCUUGGCUCGUACGCCCACGACAUGUACGAAAGUGGUCGGAGGAAGAUGGACGAAGGAAUCGAAGCUGCCAAAGGCGUCGUCGACAGCGGUCUCGACAAGGCUCGCCGAGCUCGUGAAACCGUCGAGAUCACAAUCGAGCACGGUGUGCAACGCGCCCUGGCCCGCGCAAAGGAGCGUGGCCUGAUUCACUACGACGACCUGCCUGAGCCUUGGAGAAUCAACCCCCACAUCCUCAAGGGCUACCGCUUCUCGGAAGGCAAGUGGGCCUGCGUGCGGUCUGUCUUCGGUCUCCACAAUGAGCUCGUCAACAUCUGGUCCCAUCUCCUGGGUUUCAUCAUGGUCCUCGCUUUGGCCUUUUACUUCUACCCCUCCAGCGUCAACUGGAGCCAAUCAAGCAAGGCCGACAUCUUCAUUGCUGGCGUCUUCUUCUUCGCAGCAUGCAAGUGCCUCGCUUGCUCCACCAUCUGGCACACCAUGAGCAGUAUCUCGGAACAGACGCUGCUUGAGCGCUUCGCCUGCGUCGACUACACAGGCAUUUCACUUCUCGUCGCCGCCUCCAUCCUCACCACCGAGUACGCUGCUUUCUACUGCGAGCCUGUCUCUCGCUGGUCGUACAUGAUCCUCACAGCUGCUCUUGGUAUUGGUGGCGUUAUCCUUCCCUGGCAGCCAACCUUCAAUCGCGCCGACAUGGCCUGGCUGCGUGUUGCUUUCUAUUGCUCUCUCGCCCUGACGGGAUUCAUACCUUUUUUCCAGUUGUCCUGGACCCGCGGCCCUCAAUGGGCGCUGUACUUCUAUGCGCCCAUCACCAAGAGCCUGAUUGUGUACAUCACCGGCGCGGUGCUGUACGCAAGCAAGUGCCCUGAGCGUUGGUUCCCCGGUUUCUUCGAUUACGUUGGCUGCAGCCACAACAUCUGGCACCUCGCCGUACUGGGAGGUAUCGUCUUCCACUACAUGGCCAUGCAGGCCAUGUUCACGUCGGCCAUGACCCGGGCACAAGUUAGCUGCUCGGUCUAUUAG